AUGUCGGGCGAGGAGCACAGCCUGUCCGAGGCGGAGCUGAGUCCCGGAGGGUCAGACGAUGGUCAUUCACUCUCACCAACUCAACCCGGAGCGCCGCCCGGCCAGGACUCACCUCUGACCGGGCCGCCGCAGCAGCUGACCGCGCUCUGUGUCGCGGAUGGCAGCGGGGAUGAUGGAGGCAGAUCCAGAGCCAAAUCAGAGGAAGAGGACGAUCGCUUCCCGAUCGGUAUCAGGGAGGCGGUCAGUCAGGUGCUGGACGGAUAUGACUGGACACUUGUGCCUAUGCCGGUGCGCGUAAACAACGGAAACAAAGCAAAGCCCCACGUCAAGAGGCCCAUGAACGCCUUCAUGGUGUGGGCCCAAGCGGCGAGGAGGAAACUGGCCGACCAAUACCCCCACCUGCACAACGCGGAGCUCAGCAAGACCCUGGGCAAACUGUGGAGGCUGCUGAACGAGAACGACAAGAGGCCAUUCAUCGAGGAGGCGGAGAGGCUGAGGAAACAGCACAAGAAGGACUACCCAGAAUACAAGUACCAACCCCGGAGACGCAAAAACGGCAAACUAACGACUGCUAGUGAGUCUGAUAGCCAGGGGGAAGGGGAGGCCAGCCACUCCCAGUCACACUACAAGACCCUGCAUCUAGAGCACAAUGGCGGGGCCGGGUCUCCCCUGGGUGACCUGCACCACCAUCACCAUCACCACCACCAUCCUGCUGGUCAGGGUCACAGCCCACCCACGCCCCCCACCACCCCAAAGACAGAACUCCAGUCUGGGAAACUGUCAGAUUCCAAGAGGGAUGGGGCAGCAGGAGCGGCCGGAGGAUCAGGGGGGUCCAGGGGAGCCCUCGGGGUGGGGGCUGAAGGUGCAUCCGGUGGUCCCUCGUCAUCAGGCGCUAAACCCCACAUCGACUUUGGCACCAUGGACAUCGGCGAGAUCAGCCACGAGGUGAUGUCCAACAUCGAGCCAUUUGAUGUAAACGAGUUUGACCAGUACCUCCCUCCAAACGGCCACCCGCAGAGUGGAACCGGCGCCCCAGCAGCUGGAUCCUCGGCCUCAUCUUAUGCCUACGCCCUGGCUGCUGCUAGUGGGCACUCCGCCUGGCUUUCCAAACAGCAGCAGCAGCCUCAGGCAUCUCCGUCUUCCUCCGACCCCUCCAAGGCCCAGAUCAAGAGCGAGUCUGCGUCUGGGAGCCACUACGCCGAGGCCUCGUCCUCUCCCUCCUCAGGCACCCAUGUCACCUACACCCCUCUCAGCCUCCCUCACUACGGCUCCGCUUUCCCCUCGCUGGCCUCCAGGGCUCAGUUUGAGUAUGGAGAGCACCAGGCCCCGGGGGCGUACUAUGCCCACUCCAGCCAGGCCCCGGGGCUGUACUCAGCCUUCUCCUACAUGGGCCCUACACAGAGGCCUCUGUACACUACCAUAGGAGACCCCUCCAGUGUGGCCCCCUCUCACAGCCCCACACACUGGGAGCAGCCUGUUUACACCACACUCACAAGACCUUGAGGGAGACCAGCUGAGCAGAGGGAAAUAUGGGAAGCGUGUGAGUGGAUCUGUGUGUCUGUGUGUGUGUUUGUGUGUGUGUCUGUGUGUGUAUG